AUGCGUGCUCCGGAUUUUUCCAUGAAAGGCAACCUCGAGCUAACUGCCUCUGCGCGGCAUCAUUCUCCAAUUUGCCGUCUCCUGCUCAAGCGGACGACUGCCGAUCUGGAGAGGUUUCAGCGGCACUCGACACCCAGCAACCGCCCACACUCCAUGGGUCACAGCAACUCGAUGAGCCCUGUUAAGAGCGGCAGCGGCGGUGGUCCUUCCCCCAUCACGCCACCACAGCGCGACGGCAACCACGCUGGGGUCGACCUGGCGAUGCUGGAGAAACCCGUCCACCACGACAACCCUGUCGAACCAGUGCGCGUGAAGCUGCAGGACCCUGUGGGGUACCCUUCGGACACGCUAUGGUCCUCGGAAGGCCUCAAGUCGAGAUCGUCGCUGCUUUUCUCCGCCUCGCAGGUGCUGAGCGAGCGACCGGCCAGCUUCGCGCUGCGUGCUCCGCGGCUGCAGUCCAAGACGGACUCGCGCUCCGUGCACAGUGCUCAGACCACGCCGCCUAGCGAGUCGGAUGAAGGCGAGGCAGCGGUGGACAACCAGAAGGAAGACGAAGGUCAACGCGACGCCUCAUCUGAGAACGCCGGAAAGCUGCCGACAUCAUGGGGAACGACAACACAGAAACGCUCAAGCAAGGAAAAUCAACCGACGGACAACCAAGAGCCUGAGUCGCAUGUGCUGUCGCUAAACCUGCAGCUGCAUGACCACGACAAAGCUCCUCUGUCUCGAAGCAAUGAUCCCCGCGCUGUGGAUAUCUGGACGAACCCUCACAACAAUUUUGAGGAUGGAGACAUCGCGUCAGCGGUGAGCCCUACGACGUCGCCGAUCAAGCGAAGUUUUCCACGCUCCAGUGCUGCCACCUCGAGGCCUAUCCCAAAUCGAUCGUCUCGUGGUGACAGCACGACUGCGGGCUGCCGAGUCCCUCCUGGACUGUCCUUGAUCGAUCGAAUUCAGGAGGACUUCCCCCGUACGCCGUCACCUGAGUACGGGCAAUUUGAGGGCGAUGGUUUGCCUGCUCGCAGACCUUCGUUUGGCGGAAGAGACCAGCACAGGCAGUCAAUGUUCGGAAUCGACGAAGGAAUGGGGCAGCUUAGACUGGGUAAUUAUCACUCAGCUUUGCCCUACGAUUCUGUCCGUCGUUCUGGCCACGAUUUUGAGGAUGUACCUCGGAUGCCGCAUCACGCUGCGAACCCCAGACUUGCUGGAAUGAACGGCCACCGACACCAAUUCGGUAGGAGCACAAGCGAGCCUCCUUUUGGUGAGUCUUACGACGGAGCUAUGGCACAAGGCUAUGCGUCGCCGUAUGCCACGAGUGGUCAAGGCAUCCAGGGCUACCCUAUCAUGAUGAGUGCUGGCAAGUCACGAUGGGCUGCCAACGAGGACGGGCACUCGUUUACAGCGUCGCCUUUCGGGUUUGUGCCAGCGGACGUCGCAACUUUGCACCCUAGUUACAACCCUGCCAUGUCUGGUUUCCCUGUGGGCUAUGCUGGCGAAUACCGCGGUAUGAAGCCCGCCGACAAGAUGUUCAAAGCUCGCCCAACGUAUCCCGUAGCUGACCAUUUGGUGUACGAGCGUCACGACUUUGGAGGGUACGCGCCUCGUCCGCAGAUGCUGCACCGAUCCAAGGUCGGAGCGCCUCGCCGAAGCGAAUUCGAGUACUUUCACCCGAUCGCUCACUCGUACUCGUCCAACAGUCUGCUGGAGGAGUUCAACGCGGCGCCCAAGUCGGAGAAAUGGGGAUUGUCCGCCAUCAAAGGGCACCUCUUCCUCUUCGCGAAAGACCAGACAGGUUCGCGAUUCAUCCAGCAGAAGCUGGAGAAGGCAGACGAACGUGUCAAGGCUGACGCGUUCAACGAGAUCUUCCCGAACUCGCUCUUGUUGAUGACGGACGUGUUCGGUAACUACGUGAUCCAGAAGUUCCUCGAGUAUGGAUCACUGGAGCAGCAGCAGCUGCUGGUAGAGUUGAUGACUAGCAACAUGAUCAGUCUGGCCCUGCAAGUAUACGGAUGCCGAGUGAUUCAGCGUGCUCUGGAGGUGACUCAAGUUGAAGAGCAACUCGCGCUGAUCCGACAGCUCAAGGGCCACGUGAUGAAGUGUGUCACUGACCAGAACGGCAACCACGUGCUUCAAAAAUGUAUUGAGGCGGCAUCCUGGAAGAGAGCGGCUGAGUGCAAGGGACUGAGACCCCAGCGUUUCGUCACGGGGGAGGACAUCCAGUUCAUCAUCGACAGCUUCGUCGGCCAAGCUGCAUCUCUCUCUACUCACUCAUACGGCUGCCGCGUGAUCCAGCGCGUACUGGAACACUGCGCGCCGAAUCAAAUCCGGCCGCUGCUGGAUGAGAUUAUUUACAAGUGCCGCGACCUUGUCAAAGACCAGUUUGGGAACUACGUCGUGCAACACGUUAUCAGCCACGGCGAGCCGGAUCAGCGCAACAUCGUCAUGCAAGCAGUGCUUCCUGAGAUCGCUCGCUGGAGCCAGCACAAGUACGCCAGCAACGUCGUGGAAUCCUGCUUGGAGCAUGCGACGAAGGAAGAGAUCAGCCAGAUCGUUGACUUCAUUCUUCAGUGUGACGAAAGCGGCGCGUCCUGUGCUCUACUUCCCAUGAUGAAACACAUGUACGGCAACUACGUGGUGCAGAAAUUGCUGGAGCGUGCGGAUGACCACGACCGCCAUCGCAUAAUAUGUAUUAUUCGACACAACGAGGACUAUUUGAAGCGCUUCACAUUUGGGAAGCACGUUUUGAGCCGGCUGGAGCGCGAGGAGCAGGCGACCUACUAUUGA